UGUUAAAAGAAAAAGAGGAACAAAACAAUGUCUUGACAUCAAGGAUAAAAUUUAACAACCAAAAACACAAGAUUAGUUUAAUAUCAAAAACUAGUUCAUUUGAUUAGGUUUAUAAAAGUGUUGUGUGAAAAUGUCUGAAGAAAAAUCUCCGGUGCCGGCGGAUAAUCUGAAACCUGGUGAAACAUGGAGGAUCAUGAAGAAUGUGGUCGUCAUCAGUCUGGCUUUCAUGGUGCAUUUUACAGCAUACAGCGGUGCAGCUAACCUUCAAAGCUCUAUAAACGCGGAGGCGGGACUGGGCACCGCGUCACUAGCUGCGGUCUACGCUGGCCUCAUUUUCUCAAAUAUCUUCCUUCCUGUUGUAGUCAUAAAAUGGCUGGGCACAAAAUGGGCGAUUUCCCUGUCGUUCAUCACAUACAUGCCGUACAUAGCUGCCCAGCUGUACCCUACCUUCUACACCAUGAUCCCUGCGGGCCUGAUCGUGGGUCUGGGAGGCGGGCCGCUCUGGUGCGCCAAGUGUACAUACUUGUCGGUGGUAUCUGAAGCCCACAGCAAGUUAUCCAACAUAUCAGCCGAGGCCCUGCUGGUCCGGUUCCUUGGCUUGUUCUUCAUGAUCUUCCAAAUGAACCAAGUUUGGGGCAAUCUCAUCUCUUCACUUGUGCUAUCUUCUGGAGACAAUGCAGCAGCAGUAACAGCAGUGAAUGAGUCGAUGAUACCUGUACUCUGUGGAGCCAACUUCUUGCCCAGCGCUGAUGCUGGAGAGGCUCUGCCAACGCAGCCACCAGAGAAGAUUCAGAUGAUCUCAGGAAUAUAUCUCGCAUGUAUGGCCGGGGCGGCGCUAAUUGUAGCUGUAGGCGUCGACACUAUGAAAAGGUACGACUCCGGUCGUUCAGGCUCUGGUGGUGGACUAUCAGGCAUGGCUCUCCUGGCUGUGACCUUGAAGCUGAUGGCGGAGCCCACGCAGCUACUGCUCGUCAUCAUCAACAUCUUCAUUGGACUGCAGCAGGCUUUCUUUGGAGCCGAUUUUACUGCUGCGUUCGUGUCGUGUGCUGUCGGUACUGGCUCAGUUGGCUUCGUUAUGAUGACCUACGGGUUAGCAGACGCUAUUGGAUGCGUACUAACUGGAUAUGUUGCUAAGCUAACUGGUCGUCUGCCUUUGAUAUGCGGCGCGACGAUAGCCCACGCCGCGUUGUUCACGGCGGUGCUGACGUGGCGACCUCACCCUGGCCAGGAGUACGUGCUCUACGUCAUUGCUGUGCUCUGGGGGGUCUGUGACUCUAUAUGGAUUGUGCAGAUUAAUGCAUACUACGGCAUCCUAUUCCCAGGGAGAGAAGAGGCAGCCUUCUCUAACUUCAGGCUAUGGGAGUCCGUAGGUUACAUCAUUGCCUACGUCAUAUCGCCAUACCUAAGGACUAGUGCCAAGACCUACCUGAUCUUCGGCAUGAUGAUCAUCGGCGUAGCUUGCUACUUCGUCGUGGAAUACCAACAACAUAUAAAGAAGAGACAAUUAGAGAAUAAGAAGAAGGAUCUGUGUUACAUUACUAAUGCUAAAGGUUGUGAUAAUAUCGCUUUUCAUACUAUUGAGUAAGGUUUGUUUUUACAUAUAGUUUUACCUCAGGAACGUAAUUGUCUAAUAGUAAUGUAUACGUUUAUGAAACAUCGUGGCUGUAAUUGUUUAUAGGAUACAUAUUUGUUACCACCUGGUUACAAUGAAUUGUUGUUAAUCAAUUGUUCC